AUGAUUCCCUUUUACCCUCCUGCCCCACGAUUGAUAUUGGAUACUCUCAGCACCGUUACUCCGUACUUUAUCAACAAAUUGAUGGAUGUGGUUCUUGAGUGUAGGUUCAACGAUCGUCUCCCAGUCUUUUCUAGUGCUCCGACUUGUAGCGCCGCUCAGCUGUUCAUCAGUACUCAAGAUCCAACGCUUGCUGCACAGCCUCAACAAGGCUGUCCGUGUUUCGGAUGGACCUUAGUAACUCUUGGAGCUCCUCCUCAUUGCAGUGACGUAACUUCUCAAUCAAAGCGGAUACAGCACGAUGGUAUUGUUGCGCUUCCGGCUGUUGAUAUUGAAGCUGAAAACCGAGAGCCUUGUCCUCGCCACCAAUUGUCGCUUGAUCGGUAA